UUAGAAGUCAUGGAGAAAAAGAAAGGAAAUAAGACGAAGAUCAAAGACCCGAACGAUCCUGUCAGAAACUUCGAGAAAUGGAAGAAGAAGUACAACAAGACGAAAACACGAAUCAAGACAGAGAAGAGACAUGUGAGGAAACCCGAGUGGCAGACGGAGAGGGAACAUAUCGAUAAACUUGUCAGCAAGUACAGCCAGAUAAACCCGCAGGACGCUGUUAAGUUUUCAGAUUUUCCCAUUUCCAAGAAUACUUUGAGAGGUUUGCUUGAUGCACAAUAUCGACUACCAACUGAGAUCCAAAGACAGACAAUUUGUCGGGCUUUGCAAGGAAAAGAUGUGCUUGGAGCCGCGAAGACCGGUUCUGGUAAGACUUUAGCCUUUCUCAUCCCAGUGUUGGAGUGUCUGUAUCGACAGCAGUGGACUGCCAUGGAUGGCUUGGGCGCCCUCGUCAUCUCUCCCACAAGAGAGCUUGCCUAUCAGACCUUCGAGGUUCUCCGCAAGGUAGGCAGAAACCACGAGUUCUCCGCUGGACUCAUAAUCGGCGGAAAGGACCUAAAGAACGAGUCAGAGAAAAUUCAUCGGACCAACAUUGUAAUCUGCACCCCAGGCCGGCUGCUUCAACACAUGGAUGAGACAGCCAGUUUCCAUGCUUCCAGCCUGCAAAUGCUUGUUCUGGAUGAAGCAGACCGCAUCUUAGACAUGGGCUUUGCGGACACCCUCAACGCCAUUGUAGAGAACCUUCCCAAUAGCCGCCAGACGCUGCUAUUCUCAGCUACACAAACGAAAUCAGUCAAAGACCUUGCAAGGCUCAGUCUCAAGGACCCCGAGUACGUGUGGGUCCACGAAGGGGCCAAGUUUAGCACACCGGCCACCCUUGAGCAAAACUAUGUGGUGUGUGAGCUUGACCUGAAGGUCAACAUGCUCUACUCCUUCAUCAAGAGUCAUCUACAAAAGAAGAUCAUGGUGUUCUUUGCCUGCUGCAAGGAGGUGCAGUAUCUGUUCAGAGUGUUCUGCCGUCUGCGCCCGGGUAUGCCCAUUCUGGCCCUUCAUGGUAAGCAGCAACAGAUGAAGCGGGUAGAGGUCUACAACAGCUUCCUCCACAAGAAAAACGCUGUGCUCUUUGCCACCGACAUUGCGGCCAGGGGUUUGGAUUUCCCUGCUGUGAACUGGGUGCUGCAGUUUGACUGUCCAGAAGAUGCCGACACAUACAUCCACAGAGUGGGUCGUACUGCAAGGUAUAAGGAGGGAGGAGAGGCCCUAUUGGUGCUGCUGCCAUCAGAGGAGAAGGGCAUGAUUGCUCAGCUCCAGGAGAAGAAGGUCCCAAUCAAUAAGAUCCAGGUAAACCCUGACAAACUGAUGACUGUGCAAAAGAAGCUGGCAGCCUUCCUGGCCCAGGAGAAGGAGCAAAAGGAAAGAGCCCAGAGAUGUUUUGUUUCAUACCUGCGCUCUGUUUACAUGAUGAAGAACAAAGAUGUAUUUGAUGUGUUUAAGCUCAAGAUUCAUGAGUAUGCCCUCUCUCUUGGCCUUGCUGUGCCUCCCAGGGUGCGUUUCUUAAGUAAAGCUCAACAACAGAGGGCCAACAAGGAAAAGCAAAGACAGGAAGAAUGCCCCAAGGAAGAUAGAGAGCUCGAGAGCUUUAAGGCAAAACUAAAAGGAAAAACAGCAAGCCAGUCCACUGCAGAGGAAACCGGCACAGAAAGCAGUGAGGACACUGGUGAGGAAACAAGUGAUGAACAAGAAGUGGAGGAGGAGGAGAAACUUAAGAUGUUACUGAUUGGUGCCGAUGAGAAUGACGAGGAGGAGGAGGAGGAUCUAAGGGACUUGGACCUACUGACAGUAAAGAGGAAAGAUGUCUUCAGUCUGACUGAAGAUGAGAAUGAGGAAGAAAGCUUGGGCAGUCAGAAAAAGAAACCCACAAAAGAGACAAAGUUCAAAGAAGCCAAGAAGAUUCUGAAGAGAAAUUACAAAGUCAACACGAAAGUGACUUUCACUGACGAAGGGGAGGCAGUACAGCAGUGGCCACCAGUUCAGAGGUCAGCAGUGCCAGUGACUGCCGAGGAAGAUGAGGAGAUGAUUUCGGGUAUCAACGUGGAGAAGGCCAAGGAGAGACUGAAGCGUGAGGAUCAGGAGUAUGACAAGGAGGAGUACCGCCGCAAAAUCAAGGAAAAACACCGCGAGAAGAGGCUGAAGGCUAAUGCUGCGAGAAAGGCGGCUAACAAGCAACAUAUCGAGAGGUCUGAUGAGGAAGAAGAAACCGUGGCAUACCUGGCCAGCGAGGGUGAAGCGUUUGACCCCAGCUCACUUCCUGACCCAGACGAACAGGGCACUGACCUAACAGAGCAGCAGAGCAGCCCUGCUGGAGGCGGCCGGAAACGCAGCUACAGCGAGAGCAGUGAGGAGGAGGAGGACUUCACAGCGGAGAAGGCAAAGAGAGAGAGGCAUCAUGUUAACAUGAGCAUAGUCCAGCCACUGGACACUGGUCUCUCUUUGGCUGAAGAUGAGGAAUUGGUGCUUCGUUUAUUGGGGAACAAGAGCUAGAGCUCUCAAAAUGUAAGAUGAUGUAAAAUUUGAGAUUGCAGCACCUGUUUUCACAUUCUGCUGUAUAAUUUAAUACACCCAAUGGCAACAAGUAUCAAAUUUGACAUCUAUGAGCCAUAUUUUCUCUGAUAUAGAUGAAAUAUUUAUGGUUCAGUUUGUUAGAUUGUUAGAGGAAAAACAUCAGAAUCAUAUAUAUAUACACUAUUUCACAUUGAGAAACCAACGUCUUGCCUCUCUGUCUUGCAGUAUUUGUAGUUAAGUAUAGCAAAGCACAAUGAUCAUUAUAGAUUUGUUGGUGGGAGGUACCUCUGGAGGCAAUGAUUUCAUGUUAUCAGCAUUUAUUUGAAUUAUUUACCAUAUAAAAGACAUGCAUGUUAGGGUUAAUACUCCCAUCUGUGCCCCUGAGCAAGGCAUGGUGAAACAAACUGGAGUUGGUCCCCGGAUGCUGCACGGCGGCUGCCCACUGCUGCCAGCUACACAGCUACGAUGGCUUACAUGCAGAGAGGGAUUUCCCCACGGGGAUCAAUACAGUAAAUCCAGAAAAAUAUUGAUAUUGUUGUAAUUUAGAGUGAUUUGAAGGUCGUCUAGCAAAACUUGACAACAUGGUAAAACUUGUACCUACAGACACAGUGUGUCUACUGCAUAACUUGGAAAAUUCCGUAGUGACAUCAUGACCUGUUAAAUAAAUUAAUAUCACAGACUUUGAAUCGCAUCAUGUUAUAUCCUACACCAAGUAUCCAACAGGAAGUACUCUGAACUACCACAAAGUUGACCUUAAGUACCACAGAGUGUACCACGGCUAACGUACUUGUAGACUCGAGCUGCUUUAUGUUAGAAGUCCUGUCACGCUGCAGGCCAUAAAAAGCGUAAAUGAGGCAGUAUCUUCAUCAAAUGUCCCUGUUGUCUACCUCACUGGGAUGACUCCUGUUUAUUCCUCACACAUCUUGCAUUUCUGCUUUAUAUCGUUUGUGUGUGGAAGUGUCCUACGCUGACUUCCUGGCAGCGUGUGGGGUGUGUGGAUGGGGAGGAAAUGGUAAAACCUUCACAGCCGUCCAGCAGGCUUUUCUGUAGAAAAGCCACUUCACUGAUGACAGAGAAUUGUUAUCACAACAUUCUCCAGCAAGCUUAAAACUCAUUUUUCAUGAUCAAUAUUCUGCUUUCCAGAUUGUCAUAUGUCUGUUGUGUAUCUGCCCCCCCCCCCCCAUUUGUCCUAAGAAUUGAACUUUAGCCACUUGUUUCUUGGGUCCAGAAGGCUGGGGCAUAACAUUUUGCUAUACAAUUUUUUUUUUUGGUAAAAAUAAAUCACCU